AUGGGCCCCUGUACCGCCUCCUCAUGCUGCUGCCAGGCCCGUAAUCUGCCAUGGGCCCCCGUACCAACUCCUCAUGCUGCUGCCAGGCCCGUAAUCUGUCAUGGGCCCCUGUACCGCCUCCUCAUGCUGCUGCCAGGUCCAGAGUGUGUCAUGGGUCCCUGUACGGCCUCCCAUUGCUGCUGUCUCCAUCGCCACACUCUGCCAUGUGCCACUUUCAGGUCUCCUCACACUGCUGGUGGGUUCCAUUUUGUCAUAGGGUGCUGUAUGGCCUCCCAUUGCUGCUGCCUCCACCGCCACACACUGUGGCUCCACACUGUGGUUUUGGCCCCGUGACUGCCCAAAUGAGUGAAGUGUGCGGUGAUUCUAAGAUCGACGGCACUCAUCUGCAUGUCAUACUGACUGACAGUAUUAUUUCUCUUCCCCAGCAGACUCCAAGGGCAUUUAAAUUAAAGGUACAGUGUUCUGCACUAAUAUAA